AUGCCGCCGCCCACCGCCGAUUCCGGCGACAUUUGCCGUUACACUCUGGAGGAAAUCAACGGUUUUCACAAUGGCAACACCGAAUCCUCCAAACCGAAAGCUAAUUCUGCCGCACCGCCGAUCCCGAGUUUGUUCCGCGACGCGUUCAUCGUAGUUCCGCCUGAAAUUCUCCGGAGAAUCAUCUUUUCUUCGGCUAAAGGUUUCUCGGUUGGAGCUGGUAUCAAAGGCGGUCUCGCUCUCUUCGCGAUCUUGGCGCGAUUCGCACGGAAAAAACCGCCAAGGAAAGAGAUUUUGGUGACGAACAGCGAAAUAAUUGUUUCGGCUCUGAAGGAAACGUUGAGAUAUGGUUUGUUUCUUGGAACUUUCGCCGGAACGUUUGUUUCGAUGGAUGAGUUUAUAGGUGCUUUUGGAGGACACCGUAGGACGGCAAGGUGGAGAGCGCUGUUUGCAGGGGCAGUUGCUGGGCAGUCUAUGCUUCUGACAGGGUUAGAAGCACAGCACACAAGCUUGGCCAUUUACAUUCUCAUGCGUGCUGCUGUCUUAGCAUCUCGAUGUGGGAUUAAGAGCAAACGGUUUGGGAGAAUUUGUAAGCCUCUUACAUGGAAGCACGGAGACAUUUUCCUCAUGUGUCUCUCCUCUUCCCAAAUUUUGUCUGCCUAUAUAUUAUACCAAGAGAGUUUACCUGCUUCAUAUAAAUCCUUUCUCAAUAAACAUGGUGGAAAGGAUGCAGUUAUCUUACAAGGUGUCAAAGAUAUAGCCAGUGGCAAGCCUUUUACUAAUCUGCAUGCAAUAGAGAAAUACUACAAGACCACGGGUGUCAACGUGAAAUUAGAUCCAAAGAUGAAAGUCCCAUGCUCGAUUGUACAUGGGAGUCAAUCAUGUGAUGGGCACGUCGUUUCUUUUCUCGGUCAAGCCUACAAAAGAGCAUUACCUGUUUAUUUUCCAGUUUAUCUGAUACCCGCCCUAAUAGUUCAUAGAAAAGGACUUUUAAAAAGGCCUUUUACAAUAUUGACAAAGGUUCUUAUUGGCACUGCAAGAUCAAGCUUGUUUCUGUCAGUAUACUGUACAUCGGCCUGGAUGUGGACAUGCUUUCUGUUUAGGCUCUUCAAAAGAUGUAACAUUCCAAUGGUGGCCAUGGGAACGUUCCCACCUGGCCUUGGAUUAGCUAUUGAAAAGAAAAGCAGGCGAAUGGAGAUAUCAUUAUACUGCCUUGCCCGAGCUAUUGAGAGUUUCUUCACAUGCAUAGCUGAUGCCGGGUAUCUGCCACAGUCUAGAAGGAUCAAGAGAGCUGAUGUUGUAGUUUUCAGCUUGUCAACAGCCAUCAUAAUGCACUGCUAUGCACAAGAAAGGGAAGUGUUCAGAUCCAAAUAUUUGAACGUUCUCGAUUGGGUUUUCGGUGUACCGCCUCCUCCAUGUGAAACCCCGCGAUGUAAAGAUGCCUAG